AACAGCAACAACAUUCGCAUCAAUUAUCAUCGAUGACAAGUGGCACACAACAACAACAACAACAAUCAACAGCAGGAUCAUUAAAUACAAAUGGGGUUAAUUGUCAUAAUAAUAGCAAUUCUCAUCAUCAUAACAAUAUGAUUGCAUUAUCGAAUAGCAAUAAUAAUCAAUCGGUAACCAAAACAAAUCCAUCGAAAAGACAUCGUGAACGUUUAAAUUCAGAAUUGGAUAUGUUAGCAUCAUUAUUACCAUUUGAACAAAGUGUCCUAUCUAAAUUAGAUAAGUUGUCCAUAUUAAGGCUUAGUGUUUCAUAUCUACGUACUAAAAGCUAUUUUCAAUCGGCAUUAAGAAAAGAUCGAGAAGCCCGACAACAACAUCAAGCAUUACAGCAACAAAAGCAGCAGCAGCAGCAACAGCAACAGCAUUCUGGAUCAACCAAUGAUCCGACAUCAAUAUCAACGGCUGUUGUAUGUGAUUCAUCAUCAUCACCAUCUAUUACGAUUGGUAUAACAAAAUCAUCAACAUCAACAUCAACUACAGCGGCAGCUAAUUCAGAUUUGAAUGGUCAUAAUAAUAAUAAUAAUAAU